CUUGACCAUCACAUCCACUGGCCAAGGAUGCUACUGAUCAGGAAAACAAACAACGCUGCCGUCGAUAAUCAGCUCUUAAGGAGGCUAGCGGGUCCGUUCCUUCUCAAUUGACCAUCCAGCCGAUUUUCACGGAGCGCCUGGAGACUAGCGGCCCAGUGAUAUUGGUGAUAUUGCUCUAUCCCAUCAAGCAAUGCUCAAGUUACCCUCAUCGGCCUUCCUCCGUCGACCGAGACUCCAACCGGGUCUUCUCGGCAGGACUAGCCGCGGAUCACGCGACCUGCAAACCCACACAUUCUGCUCGAGUGGUCCCUCUCGAUCGCACGACAACCCACUCGGCUUGCCCGCCCAACAAGCCGGCCUCCCUCGAUCGGGCUCUCCUCCCAAGCUCAACAUCUCCCGCUCGCUCCCGACCAAACGAGAUAUUCCGAAUGUCCGGAAAGUACUCGUGGUGGCUAGUGGCAAGGGUGGCGUUGGGAAGAGUACCGUCGCUGUCAAUCUGGCGAUCGCGAUCAGAAAUCAAUCGGCCCUUAACGUCGGACUAUUGGAUCUCGAUAUCUUUGGCCCCAGUGUACCCAAGUUGAUGGGCUUGGACGAAGGCCUUUCGCCGGAACUAACCGAUCAGAAUGCAUUAGUCCCCUUGCGGAAUCACGGCAUUUCGUGCAUGUCGAUAGGUUUCUUAAUUCCCCCAAGUGAGAGUCCGGAUUCAGUGGUUGCAUGGCGAGGGAUGAUGGUCAUGAAGGCCGUCCAACAGCUGCUCUUCGAUGUCGAUUGGAGGGGCCGAGCCGGGGAGGAAGAGGGACCCGGACUGGAUAUCCUGGUCAUCGACAUGCCCCCUGGAACAGGCGAUGUCGCCCUGAGUCUCGGCCAACUGGUCAACAUUCAUGGUGCUGUCAUUGUUACUACCCCUCAGGAUAUCGCUUUGAUCGACGUCACAAAAGGAGUCAACAUGUUCAGGAAAUUGAAUAUUCCAAUAAUAGGUUCGGUGCUGAACAUGUCUUCAUUUAAGUGCACAAAGUGCGAAACGAAGCACGAAAUCUUUGGGCCGAUGACCAGCUUCAAACGGGUCCUAGAGCGCAAUAAUGUCGAGCUCUUAGGUCAAGUUCCGCUCGACCUCCAGAUCUCGAAGUCCAGCGACGCGGGCCAACCGAUCAGCAUUUCUAAGCGCCCCCCUCCUGAACAUCCCGAGCCUCCAGAUGCAAACACUCCCACUUCGGCUUCGUUCGAUGAUAGCCCGUUUAUCGAAAUCUCUAGAAAAUGUCUCGACCAUCUGCUCCGAUAGAUCUGUUGUGCCCUGUCCUCUUUCAUUCGUUCGUCAAUGCUCACGGAGUCUGCCUGGGAAUCACAGCAAAUCCAAUUUAUUCAAUAUCCAGUUCACCAAAAAGGACGAUUCGCUAUGAAUCUCUGUGGGUUUCUAUCAUCAGUCGAUGGUUAGACCGCAUCUCACAUAACCAGAUGCAACAUUAUGGCUGCUAAAUUUGGAGUCCAAAUUUCGAUUCUGGUCGAAACAGUCGCCAUCAUACUAGUCCUAGACUUAUUUGACCCAGCUGCAAUGUCCAAAGAUUUGCUUUGGAUGAAUGGUGGAAGAGCUGUCGGAUUGACAAGACGGGCCUGGAAGCUUUCCAUGUGAACUCCACUCAAUAAAAUCGGAGAUUGCAAAGAUUUCUCACUGCAAUAUUUUGAUAGUGCAAGACACAAACCAAAAAUAAAUCAUAUUGACCAAAACUUAAAUUGGCAAAGGAAAAAUGAACGGAGUUAAAUCUAGAAAAAAAUUUAGAUUUCCAAACCAAAUAUCUGUAGAUUAGCUGU